AUGGCAGAAAUGGAUACUGUCAUGCUAGACGCGCCCGCAGGCGAGUACGGUGCUUCGCUAGAUCCCAUGGAAGGCGUUGUUUACCACCCAUCUCCUAGUCCGUUCGGUCACUCCCACCAGACCCCACAGCACGCUCCCAGGCGUAACUUGUUUUCGAGCCCUAGCUUGCAACCAAGACCUACCUUGCAAUUGUCCACUCUUCAUGACAGGCAAGCACGCCGUCAACAACUCACUCGUCGUUGGCAACCUCGCCCCAAUGACCCAUUCUACCAUGAUAUGGAGGAGGCACGUGCAGACAACCGUGCAGAGCAGCGUCAAUUCGAUCGCUCUCAUCUACACAAACGUGAUGGUGCUAGAUUUCCCUUUUCUUCCCCGAAGCGCACGCGUACUGCGUAUGAGCAGGACACAAGUGACCAGAGACGCGUCAUCGAUGCUACUCCGCGACGGGUUGUUGAUGCCGCUCGACCUCUCCUUGACGUUACUCCACCACCCCAUAUUGAUGUCCCUCCACGUCAGAUUGGUGCUAUCGCUCCUCAGAAUCUUCUUGAUGGUAGCCCACGUUUGCUCGUUGAUGCCGCACCACAGCCACUUGUGAAUGCUGCUCCACAGCAGAUUGUCCCUGUUGCUCCGCAGCCUAUCCAGAUGCCUCAAUGGCCUGCUGCACUUUAUCGUCGAGCAACUUGGCGUGCUGCUAUCCCUCCUUGGCGCAGAAUCAUCGUUCCCGUCAGUCGAAUUGCUCAGCUGGCUCGUCGCACUGCACAGAUUGGUAUCAAGCAAACUAUCCGAACUGGACUCGGUGUUGCCUCUGCUUUUGCUCAUCUAUUUGAUAGAAGAGAAGAGAGCCCCAUGCCAGCCCCUGAGACCCAAAUCGCGGCUCCAGCUCCAGCCCCUGCCCCCCAGCCGGCACCUCAACCCGCGGCUGAAAUGAUUGAACCUGAAGAACCUGAAGACCCUGUUUCUCUUCAGCUGCAAGCCGAGCUAACCGGUCAUGCCUCUCAACUACCCAGCCCUCCAUCUCCAUCUCCAUCUCCGCCUCCACCUCCGUCUCCGUCUCCAUCUACACCAAUUGUAUUUUUUCAGCCGCGCCGUCGCUUGGAAAGCCCUGCUAACGCUAUUUCCGAGGAAGAUAGUAUUCGGAUUAUGGUUGCGAAUGCUACUAGAGAGGCUCGAGACAGAGAAAUGGCUGAAGUUGCAGAAAGAGCUGCCGCACAAACCGUUGAUGAAGAUGAGGCUGAACCUCAAUUCGCGUUGGUUCCGCCAUUGGCUCCUUGGGUUCGUAGCCCUAUCCGCUUCAAUCCAGACGUGCCUCAGGUCGCACCCUGGCCCCCCAUGUCCUCUACCCCGUCCUCCCCUGUCAUCAUCCCAUCCUCGCGUCCUGUCGAAGAGACUCCCGCCUUGAAUUUGGCUCCUCCAGCACAUCCUGUCAACGAGGCUCCUGCUUUGGGAUUGGUUCCCACACUGCGUCCCAUCGAAGAAAACCCAGCCUUGCGUCUGAUUCCCUCAUCGUCGCGUGCUAUCGAUACUAUUCCUGCUUCGCGUCCGAUGGUGCCGUCCUUGCACGCGGUCGAAGACACCCCCGCUUUAGACUUGGCUCCUAUCGAUGAGACUCCAGACUCCAACUCACUACGUGCUGUCGACGCCAUUCCAGCCCAACAUCCCGUUGUCCCCCCCCUGCCACGUCCUAUUGAUGUUACUCCUGCCUUACGAUUGAUUCCCUCCUCAUCCCGUCCUGUUGAAACUGCUCCUUCUCCACCUCCAAUUGUACCAACUUCUCCUCCGCCCCAUGAUGCUUCAUUUCUCACUCCGAUUGUCCCUUCAUCCUCGCGCUCUAUCUCUGACACUCCGACUGCACGUCCUACGUCUUCUCCAUCUCGUCGAUUCCCCGUGACUCCAGUAACGCGAUUGAUUCCUCCACUGAUGCGUCGUUACCGUGGAACUCCUGCCCUGCGGCGUACCACUCCUCGCGUGCCACGUCCUCCACUGGAUGCUGACAUCGAGGAAACCCGCGAUCUUCUUUCUACUGUUACUGUCUCGGGUGAAGAUGGAAUCAUCCCAACACGUAUCCAGUGGUGGGAAGCCGAUACUCCUUUGGGACGGCCAGUUUCCGCAGUCCGUUUGUUCAGCUCGAAUGAACCACCCGCCAACGUGUCCGACCGUACUGGGGCACUUUACCGUGACGAGUAUGAAGAAAUGCAGAGAGAAGCUCGCAUGCGCGUCAUACGUGAGCGCGCAAUGGCUCUAAGUCGCCAGCGCGUGCCGGAGGGUGAAGAUGCUGUCCGCCCAUUAACCGAAAGCGUGGAAAGACAAGUUCAUGCCGCAAUGUCAGCUGCCAGUAACAGAGUUCUCGGAUCGACCCUCGAAGGGAUCGAGCUGACCCAGCAAAAGCUUCUUACCUGCUACAAAGACCUUGAAUGGCUAAAUGACGAAGUCAUCAAUGGCCAUUUGGCGCUGACUGUGGACUAUCUCCGAGAAAAAGCGAACAACACGGGUCGCAACGUGCGGCCCAAGUACUUUGCAUUCAGCAGCUUUUUCUACUCAAAGCUCCGCGAUGGCGGAUACAGAGAAGUGAGCCGAUGGGCGCGGAGGGGCAAGAUUGGUGGAGAGCAUCUCCUGGACGUGGAGACGGUGUUUGUGCCAGUCCACCAGCAGUCACACUGGACCCUGCUAGUCGUGAGCCCAGCGAACAAGACAAUCGAAUAUUUCGAUUCGCUGGGCUCACGCUGGCGGUCCUUUGUGGACACAAUCAAGGAGUGGCUGGCGGGGGAGCUGGGGGAGAAGUACGUGGAGGACGAGUGGACCGUCCUCCGUACUCCCUCCCCCAAGCAGGACAACGGGAGUGACUGUGGUGUGUUUUUACUCACCACAGCCAAGGCUGUGGCGCUGGGAUUGGAGCCAACCGCCUACGGGCCGGGCGAUGUUCCUCUUUUGAGGAAGAAGAUUGUUGCGGAACUGCUUAACAGCGGUUUCAGAGGGGACCUGGAUCCUUCGGGACCAGGUCCGGCCCGCCUCUGA